GUUUCUGGAUUGACCCAGGCCAGCAAGCUCAGGGCUAGGAGGUAUUUUACUACUCCUUGGUUUGAAGUAACAGUUCAUGAACGUCUCAUAUCAGGUCUGUCGUCGUUUUAUUUACUGAUAUGAGAGCACAGGCGACCCCACGCCGGUAGUCUUUUGAAAUAUUGCACUCUGAGUGCAGCAUUGUGACGAUUCUGCAGUGCAGGUGACACUUCAGCAACGCAGCGACAUGUCUAGUAUUUUCGCCAGUGGGUGCGAUGAAUUGAAGGUGUGGUCCUUGUCUAACAUAUCCAACAGUUUGUCGUCAGUGAAAACCAAACAUCAAAUUUCUGAUUUGAUCUGGCUGUCUGGAGGUCACCACAUUGUCCACUGUGAAGCGGAGACGGGCCAUCUGAGCUGUGGCAAGUUCUCAAGUGGCUCUGGCUUAAGCAGCAGCACCAAAACAUUCUCCAGCCUGCCGUGCGGCACGUGCCGCUUGGCCGCACUCCGCAGCUCCAGUCACUUCCUGGCGGCGGGAGUCGAUCAUGUUGUCCGCCUGGUUUCCGUGUCCGACAGCACGGUGCAGCGGACGUUCACGGGUCACACAGCACCAGUCCAAUCCAUCGCGGCGAGCUGUUCAGACACGGCAUUAGCUGUAGCACUGGAUGAUGCGCAGGUGGUGGUGCACCGGCUAUCCGGGGCCGCGUCCACUACUCGCUUCACUGUGCCGGGCUGUCAGGCUGUAUGGCGGCUUCGUUUCUCCAACCACACGGACCCCUUGCUGGCCUGCGUCGGCGAUGGCGGCAGAACCGUUGUCUGGGACGUUGCCACUAACCUGCCACAAGCAACCUUCUCGGCACACCGGGCCGACAGCAUUGUCAAGGAUGUCUCAUUCUCGCCCAGAAACCCUUUACUGAUGGUAACGGCCGGAGAGGAUCGCCAACUGGUCUUCCACGAUGUGCCGAAGAAGAUAUUGAUUCGCUCUUUCCAGUGUGCGUCGGAGCUCUGCUCAGCUGCCAUACUGCACGAUGGAUUCACUGUGGUAGCCGGCACGAUCAACGGUGACAUACUGCUGUAUGACCUACGCGCUGGGGACAAACUGAAGGAGCGGAUCUCAGCACACUCCUCGCCUGUAUCUGUACUCGUAGCCCGAUCAUCCUCAACUGGAUCCUCUGGUGGCUCGGCACGUCGUUCCAAGUCUGGGUCAGCGAGCAGUGCGGCGUCCAACGGCCGUACGAAGGCUGUCGGCAGAGCUCCCACGUCCGCUACGCUAUCGGAGAGACCAGAGGACGGAGGCGCCAGCACGAAGGCUGCAUCGGAAGCCAGUCCGUCACUACCGACACUGGCAAGCCUGCGACCCGACCCCAAGCAGCAAACACCAACGCUGGACGCUCAGGAGCCUCGCUCGUUGCUCUCUGCUACUCUACUUUCGUCGAUGACAAGUGCAGACACCGGUGCGUCGCAACAUCACUCUGCAGUUUCUCACCCGGGAAGCGGUAGCAGUGUUCUACUUCACAGUGGCUCCAGACCAGUUGUGACCAGCAUCAACCCUUCACCGAUAUCUUCCGUCGGUUUUUCCACAACUGCAUCCACCGUCACAGCACCGAUGGCCGGUAUGGAUGCCAUCGGCGCACACCUAGGCCCCGCGCCGGGGUCCUCCGGUGUCGUCGCCAUCGGAUCGCCCGCUCUGUCGAGUUCUGAGCGUGAUCGCAAUGCGACGGCAGUGCGGACGCAGCAGCGGACUGGUGCAGCGCCUGCGAAGCCCGCUGCCGUCAACCUGACCAGUUUGGGUGAAGGCGACAUCUUCUCGCCACUGAAGACAGCACCGCCGAGUGGUCAAGCAUCCGACCGCAAUCAUCUAGCGUCCAGCCCAUCGCUACCCCAGCCAUCCGCUCUGCUAGGCACCAGCAGUCGGCGUGCGAUUGCCGCCGCCUCUGCCACUCACCGUCCCUCGCCACUGGCUACGCUGUCUAAUAGAGAUGUCAACUGGUCAUCGGCGGCGUCGGCAGCCCCGGCAUCGCGCUCCCUGCAGCAAGCCGAGGGCAUGGAGACAACGACCAGUAGCGCUGGCAGCGGCGGCAGAUCCAUGCCUGUGUCGGCUGUGUCCACGUCCAUCUCAUCCUCUGUGCUGUCCUCCUCACAGCAGCAACAGCAGCAUCGCUACUCUCCACACUCCGCCAACACUGCGCUCAAUACAUCCAGUCAAUAUUUUCAGCGCGCAAGCCAUGCGCCUGCUUCAGCGCCCGCUGCAGCUUCUGCGUCUUCAAGCACCAGCGCAGGACUAGGCUCAGUCGGCAGUGGUGGUGGUAGUGCUGAUAGUAGAUAUCUAUUCCAACGCGACACCAUCGACGGCAGUGAGGGAAGUCCGACGGCGCGCUCUGCCACUCAGGCACCAGCAACGUCUGCACAGUCGUUGUCACAUCGGCAUAUCCUCGGUGCAGCGCGCUCUGCCCUGGCCGCAGGCAGCAGCAGCACGCCAGCAUCCCUACUGGCGUCUGCAGGCAUCGCAUCGCACAGUGCCAGCAACACUGCUGGCGCUACAUCCUCUGCAGCGGCAGCAGGCAUCGCAUCGCACACCACGAGCAGCUCAUCGGUUCAGGCAAUAGCGUCCGCUCUGGACCAGCUCGUCUCGCCGACCAAAUCCAGUACGUCGUCUUCACGCACGCCAAUCGAUCAUCCGCGUGCCCUGUCGCAGGCACCAAUGCCAGCAUCAUCGGCUGUGACUGCAGGCAGCAUGAUCUCCCCGGAUGCCAAUGCUCCGCUCCACUCAGCCAUGUUGCAGCACAUGAUAGACCAAUCAGUGGACGAGUUACGCCUGGCCGUGCAUCAGCACAUCCGCAAUGUACACGUCAACCUCAUCCGACAGAUUGGCGAUCAGACGGCUGAACUGCUUGCAGCUCAGUCACAGCAGUAUGAGGCCACAGACGCCUUGCUCAUGGAGAUGCAGUUCUUGCGCGAAGAGAUCAGGCGACUUCAGGAGCGCUACUGACGCGCCGCACAACACCACAGCACAUUCCCAGUCUAGUAAUGCACGUGCACACAAGCGUGCGCACGCAUACGCACACAUGUGCACGCGCACACCACAAUCACCACCGCCACCACCCUCAGUAUUUUCCAGCUUACUCAUUUUUCUCAUUUUAACUUCAUGGACCACUCUAGUAGUCUGUCGUGACAAUUGAAAUAAAUUAUACCCGUGGUGUUUGAGUGAUGAAAUUUCGUAAUAAUCAGAACGCUGAUGUCAUGAAAGAAUAGGCAACUUUUUCAUUUCUUAUGUAGCUUCUAGGCCAGCCGCGGCGGGACACCUACUUAACUGCGUACGUCUACACUGCGUUAUGGAAUAUUUAGCAGGAUUUUUUUCAAUGAGACGUUUUGUGAACCGUUUCUAGUAUUGUACGCACGAUUGACAAUUGAUUGUCUGCCAUU